AGACCCGACCCUUCAACACCGGAGACGAGUCUAGUGACAAAGUCGCAUAACCCAUUUUGUCUGUCCUUUUAGUUUACUCCGUAGGUUUUGGCUGCGACCUUUUUUUUUUUUUUACGCCACCAACUCUUUCGCCGGCGGCGAUCAGUUGGCUGCUUCUCUUCCGCCGGUUAGGUGAAUUUAGCAUAGCUGAUAGUACCCAUUUCCACAAUGAAGUUUACAUGCCUUAGUAAAGGUGGUGGUUUCCAUUUCUCACCAUGUCAUAUGCUCAAUGUAUCUGGGUUUAGGAUCUUACUUGAUUGCCCCUUGGACCUUUCAUCUCUUGCUCUUUUCUCUCCUGUUCCAGUUGCUCAUCAGGCCCAUGAAUCUUUGGAUACAGACUCAGUUAUUAGGAAAAAGCAGAAGAUUGAAAAAACUCUUGAUGCAAAUGAUUUAGUGCAUGCAGAACCUUGGUAUAAAACUGUAAAAAAUUUGCACCUAUGGGAUGCUUCCUUUAUAGAUGUUGUUUUGAUCUCAAGUCCUAUGGGCAUGCUUGGCUUGCCAUUUCUUACUCGAACCAGGGACUUUUCUGCAAAGAUAUACGUGACUGAAGCAUCAGCGAGAAUAGGACAGCUUUUAAUGGAGGAUCUUGUUUCAAUGCAUAUGGAAUUAAGGCAAUUUUAUGGACCUGAAGAUUCAUGUUUCCCUCAAUGGAUGAGGUGGGAAGAGCUUGAAGUUCUUCCAUCCGAACUGAGGAAAAUAGCAUUAGGCAAAGAUUGUGAGGAGUUAGGAGCUUGGAUGCCUUUGUACAGUGCAGUUGAUGUUAAGGAUUGCAUGAGGAAGGUACAGACACUAAAAUAUGCAGAAGAAGCUUGCUACAAUGGAACUUUGAUCGUAAAAGCUUUCAGCUCUGGCUUGGAAAUAGGGACCUGUAAUUGGACAAUAAAUGGUCCGAAAAAAAAUAUAGCUUAUAUUUCAAGCUCUAUCUUUGUUUCUAUGCAUGCAAUGGAUUUUGAUUUUCUUGGUCUUCGCGGGAAUGAUUUGAUAAUAUAUUCAGAUUUCUCAUCCCUAGAUAAAAAUAUGGAGAAUGAUGAUACUUACUUUGAUCCUGUUACUUCAUCAAGUGGGAGGGAUGAUGUCAGCAAUUUGGAAGAGAUGGCUGCAUCCUUGCUUAAGGAUGAUGAAAGCGCGGAGGAAAUAGAGAAGCUAGUUUUUAUAUGUGCCUGUGCCCUUGAUUCUGUUAGAGUAGGUGGAUCUGUUCUUGUUCCGAUUGAUCGACUUGGAGUUGUUCUGUGCCUUUUGGAGCAAAUGUCACUUUUGUUGGAGUCUUCAUCUCUAAAGGUUCCCAUAUACAUUAUAUCUUCUGUAGCAGAAGAAUUAUUGGCGUUUACCAACAUAAUACCAGAGUGGGUUUGCAAGCAGCGGCAAGAGAAGCUUUUUUCUGGUGAGCCAUUAUUUGCACAUGUCAAGCUCAUAAAAGAGAGGAAAAUUCAUGUUUUUCCUGCAGUUCAUUCACCAGAAUUAUUAACCAAUUGGCAGGAACCUUGUGUUGUAUUCUGUCCUAACUGGAGUUUGCGGCUCGGUCCAGUUGUUCAUUUGCUUCGGCAUUGGUGCUCAGAUCCGAACUCUUUACUUGUCCUUGAGAGUGGUGUGGAUGCUGACAUAGCUCUCUUGCCUUUCAAGCCAAUGGCAAUGAAGGUUCUUCAAUGCUCCUUUCUGUCUGGAUUAAGUUUGCAGAAAGUUCAACCGUUGCUAAAGAUAUUGCAGCCAAAAUUAGUUCUGUUUCCCAAGGAUUUGAGUUGCAAGAUCCAAAUUUCUGAAGCAAACAUGAUCUUUCUCUUCUCUGAAAAUGAAACAUUACGUAUUCCAAGCUCAAAGGAGAGCACAGAUAUAGAUAUUGCAACAGAUUUGGCUUCCAAGUUCCGCUGGAAAACAUUCAAACAGGAAACAAUCACAAGGCUGGAGGGAGAGCUUUUCAUGGAUCAUGGCAAACAUCGGUUACUUUCUGGGUUCCAGCCAGCCAACUCCAAGCAACAAAGACCAUUAGUGCACUGGGGUUCACCAGAUGUAAAAGUGCUUCUGACUGAGUUGUCCAAGAUGGGCAUUAGUGGAACCAUAAAACAAGUCACAGAUGAUGCUAAAUCUGAAGAUGAUGCUAAAUCUGAAAAUGCUGCCGCCAUUAUAGACAUCCAUGAUCCCGAGAAAGCAUUGAUUGAUGUUCGAGAAACUGGUACUGUUAUAAUUGCUGCUAAUGAGAAUUUAGCCUCCCAUAUUGUCAAAGCUGUAGAUAUUGUUUUGGAUGGAAUUUAAAUGAAAUACAAGGUUU